AUGCGUUUCGCAUUUUAUGUUCUCUUAUCACACUCGCCAAGUUCCAUUUCAAUUUAUCCAUUUAUCGAGCAAUGUUUAAAUUAAGCGCGUAUUCGACAUGUGCUUUCUUCAUUUAAAAAUCAAAUAAAAAAGGAAUUAUUCCAGUGUGUAUCUUUACGCGAACGUUAGUUUUGUCUGAUUGAUCAGUUUCAACAAUUUCACCAAGUCUUCUUCCAAUAUCCGGAACUAUAGUUCACCAUGAAAUACAUCUUGGUAACUGGUGGCGUUAUUAGUGGCGUUGGUAAAGGUAUCAUAGCCAGUUCAUUUGGAACCAUAUUGAAAUCAUGUGGAUUAUGUGUGACGGUUAUCAAAAUUGAUCCUUACAUCAACAUCGACGCUGGGACUUUUUCACCUUACGAACAUGGUGAGGUGUAUGUUUUGGAAGAUGGAAGUGAAGUGGAUUUAGAUUUGGGCAAUUACGAACGAUUUUUAGACGCUACUUUGUAUAAUGAAAAUAAUAUCACCACUGGCAAGAUUUAUCAAAAAGUUAUCAACCGGGAGAGGAAAGGAGAAUAUUUGGGUAAAACUGUCCAAGUCGUCCCUCAUAUUACCGAUGCUAUUCAAGAAUGGGUUCUAAAUGUGACUAAGAAACCCAUAUACAACGACGGAAGACAACCAGAAGUUUGCAUUAUCGAAUUAGGUGGCACUAUCGGUGAUAUAGAAGGUAUGCCAUUUGUAGAAGCCUUCAGACAAUUUCAGUUCAAAGUAGGACGAGAUAAUUUCUGUUUAGUGCAUGUAUCGUUAGUCCCUCAGCCCAAUGCAACUGGAGAACAUAAAACAAAACCUACUCAAAGUAGUGUGCGAGAACUGAGAAGUCUAGGAUUAUCUCCAGACAUAAUAGUCAGCAGAAGUGAAACUCCCAUUAAUCGUGAUACUCAAGAAAAAAUUUCCAAUUUUUGUCACGUCAGACCAGAAGAGGUCAUAUGCAUACACGAUUUAAGUUCAAUUUAUAAAGUACCAGUUUUGAUGGAAAGUCAAGGAAUCGUGCAGCUAUUCAGUUCUAAAUUGAAUCUAGAUAUUAUGAGGUUUCCCAAAUCACCCGAAUUCAUGCAGCAGUGGAAAGAAUUAGCGUUCAAGGUUGAAAAAUUACGAGAUGAGGUGAAUAUUGCGUUGGUUGGUAAAUACACAAAACUUCAAGAUUCUUACGCUUCUGUUUCAAGAUCUCUGCAACAUGCUUCUAUUUUUGCCGGUUAUAAAUUGAAAUUGAUUUACAUUGAUGCUGAAAAUUUAGAAGAAAGUAUGAAAGAUGAGAACCCCUUGAAUUAUCACGAAGCUUGGAAAAAUUUAUGCAAUAGCCAAGGUGUUGUUGUCCCUGGAGGAUUUGGUAAACGAGGUAUACAGGGAAAGAUAGCUGCUUGUAAUUGGUGCAGAAAGAAGAAAAUUCCAUUCCUUGGAAUAUGUUUGGGUUUACAAGCGGCCGUUAUUGAAUUCACGAAAAACGUAUUGAACAAGGAGGAUAUCGCAGAAAGUGCUGAAUUUAAAAAUGACGAAAUUCCAACCACUGAGCAACCAUCCAAGCAGAGUGACAACGAAUCAAAAAGUGAAGCCAAAUCGAAAGAAGUAUCGAGUAGUAGUGAAAAAGAGUACAUUAUUAUCGAUAUGCCCGAGCAUAAUACUGGUCAAAUGGGUGGAACUAUGCGCUUAGGAAAAAAGAAAACAUUUUUCCAAAAGGAACAUUGGAAUGAUUCGAUAUUAUAUGCUUUAUAUAAUCGCAAGCAAGUCGUCGAAGAAAGACAUCGGCAUCGAUACGAAGUAAACAAUAAGUUUGUGAAAGAAUUGGAGAAACAUGGACUCCGCUUUGUUGGUAAAGAUGAAAACAAAGUUAGAAUGGAAAUGUUGGAGUUGAAGGACCAUCCUUAUUAUGUAGCAACCCAAUUCCAUCCCGAAUAUACUAGUCGUCCAUUAAGACCGUCGCCACCAUUUAUUGGUCUUAUAUUAGCCUCUUGUGGUAAACUAAAUUCUUAUAUAUCCAAAGGGCGUUUGAGUCCAACUGAUUUGUCAUCGUCGGAUGAAGAUAUCAAGUCUUAAUUUCAUAUCUAUUUUGCUAUGCUGCGUGCAUUAAGUAUACUUAGGUAUCUAUACUGUUUGAUUUAGGUUUUUACAUAAUUUCAGUGUGAUUCGUUUUGAUCUAUUCCAAGUUAUGAUUUUUUUAUUCUUUAAACUGAUUAUUUUCUAGUUUUCAAUGUAUCGUAAAAAUAUAUUUUGAUUUUUAA